UAUUUUAGGGGAAAAGUUUGGUAGGAUAGGUUUUAUUAGCAUUGACAUUUGUGAGCCUUGACUUUUUUCUUUAAAAUUAUGUUUUUGAUUUGAGGAUUAAUUUUUGAUUGAAAAAUUGCAAAACCUAGAAAUGAUUUGUUUGAAAAUACACCAAUUUGAUGUCAUUGUAAACAUUGUGGAUUUACAUCAAAACUUCCAAAGAGUCCACCAUAUAAUUUUGUAUCAAUAAUACAAAGGCAUAAUAUAUAAACGAAACGCUUAACUUUGGUUUCAAUUUUGUCGACAACUAAAUAUUCCAACUUGUACAUAGUGGAGAUGAGUUGAGGGGUAGAGAUGUGUACUCUCAAUGUUUGUGUACUUACUUGCCAGUUGAUGCCAAGUUUUUUUUUAUGACAAGCGAAGCCCCGCAAUCACUACCCUUUUAGGUGCGAGCAGGGUAAACUUCGCUCUUCUGCAAUAGCUUGUAAACCACACAAGAUAGCUAACUGUACUAGGCAAGUCUCUGUGCGAUGAACUCGACCUUCCCUCUGUUGUUAUAAGCAAGGGGUUUUGAAAUUGAGACCUCCAUUUGGAAUUCCCAAGCCAAACCAUCAGUUACAUCUCUAGGGGCCUUGUUGCACCAAAUCCUAGUGUAUAAUUGUGCUUAAGAUUAAUCCCCCAAAUGUCAGCUUGAUCUGCUUGUUGGCACCGAUUAGGAUCAUCGAAACAUCCUGAAAGAUGUAUAGAGUCUGCUAUGCUCUAAAAUAAUCUAUCGUUCCUCUCCUUCUGAGUGGACUACCGGAUUGUAGAUAGAGUGGUACACCAACAUUGGUGGAACUGCAGAGCAGUGUAUGAUCCAUGCUCUCACCAAUUGUAGUUCACAUACAGAACCAACAGACUAGCUGUCUGUCUUCUCUUUAUCAAGUUGUGUGACAUUAGCAUAGAACUCCUACAUGUAUACCUUAUGAAGACAUUAGGUGCUUUCAUCUGAAUAUGGACCUACAUGUGGGCCUAGAAUCACUGAUAUCAAUUGAACAAUCACAGUGUGGCUUAGCCGGUAACCUCUCCAAACACUUUGUUCCAAAACUAGCUUAAAGUAUCUUCACAGUAUUCAUCAAUAUGGUCCUGUUUCCUGUUUAAGAUAGGUCAUCUAAAGGAUAUCGCAAUAUGAUAUCAUCUUGUUGAAGAAGUUCAGCUACUUGAGCUUCCUUGUGCAUUGUAAUCUGCAGCAAGCAAGGAAGCUCAUAUUUCAGGCUCCAACACCACAUAAACAACAGAUGUGUACCAAUUCCAUUAGCAUAGUAAGACCAGCAUUUCUUGAGAGCUCAUUCCAUCACUUCAUGAUUCCUUUCUGUAAAGGUCGUCAUUUAAUGUUUACGACGUAAUUGCAGAAGCAUUCCUGUUGUUGAUAUACAUAUCUUGCGAGGAUCGCCAUCUUCUAUAGAGAAUUCUCUUUGCAACCAAACCUCCCCAAGAUGAACUUAUUACAGAUGAAAAAUGUGCUUAUGUUCCGGACUCUCCCCUCAGUUAGAGCUAUCGUUAUUCCAUUCCACCAGAUUGUAUCUCCUUCCCGCCUCUACCCUUUCCAUAAAAAGCCUCACAAUAUUUUCUUGAUUUCUCUUAGUGUAUAAGGUAGGUAUAAUGAAUAAAAAUGUAAAUUUUAGUCUGUAUACUCGACAUAAUAAUCUAAUUAGGAUGGUUUAUCCUUUUCUUCACUUAUGUACGAGAAGCUACAACAACGACAAAGAUUAUCGUAUUGAUGCAUAACGAGAUACUCCAUCCUCCAGUCUGAGUUAAUUCCAGAUGCACAAAGACAAAAAUUUACACCUUCUCAUCUGGGAUUAACUCAGAUUUUUUCUUAUUGAUGCGUAACCGAAAGCUUUCCCAAAGCACACCAUGGUUUUGUACAAGCCACCGUGUAUUUAUCUUGUCUGCAGUUCACAGAGGAUCAAUGUGAUAUGUGCAAUCAAGAGGUGUGAUAUGGAAACUACCUUACUGUUUCCGGAAAUAAAAGGAAGAGGUUUGACAUGGACUCAUCGUCCCUUGCUCCUCUCUUUACCUCAAACCCAAUUAGGUAAGAAAAGCCUGCACAUGCACAUUGCCUGGGGGUUAUAUUUUGAAAAAAUUAUCUAUCCACCAGGGAUGCACUGUUUAAUGCACCUUUUAUGAUGUGAACUGUGAAACACAUUUCAAUACUUUUCCUCUGUUUCUUCUAGUGGUAUGGUGCUAAAAGGAUAGACUUAGAAACAGGAUUAGUUUUGACCCUUCAAUGCAGUUUCCCUUUCUUUCUAGCAUCUGAGUUUCUGGACUAGCAAAUCCAUGAGGUUAUUGGGAAAAGUUGCUUUAGUCACUGGAGGGGCAACUGGCAUAGGAGAGAGCAUAGUACGUCUAUUUCAUAAGCAUGGUGCAAAAGUAUGCAUUGCUGAUAUUCAAGAUGAAGUUGGACAGCAUGUUUGUGAGACCCUUGGUAAUGACCAGAAUGUGUGCUUUAUCCACUGUGAUGUGACUGUAGAAGCUGAUAUUAGUAAUGCAGUUGAUUUUACGGUUCAAAAGUUUGGUACACUUGACAUAAUGGUUAAUAAUGCCGGGUUGUCUGGGCCCCCUAUUGGAGAUAUCCGUGAAUAUGAACUUUCUGUGUUUGAAAAUGUGCUUGACGUGAACUUGAAAGGUACUUUCCUUGGAAUGAAGCAUGCUGCUCGCAUAAUGAUACCACUAAAGAAGGGAGCAAUAGUAUCUCUGUGCAGUGUGGCAAGUGCCAUUGGUGGAGUCGGACCUCAUGGUUAUACAGCUUCCAAGUAUGCUGUUUUGGGACUUACACAGAACGUUGCAGCUGAGUUGGGAAAACACGGUGUACAUGUGAAUUGUGUUUCUCCUUAUGCAGUUCCAACUGGAUUAGCUCUGGCUCACUUGCCUGAGGAUGAGAAGACUGAUGAUGCAAUGGAAGGUUUUCGUGAUUUUGCUGCCAGGAAUGCUAACUUGCAGGGGGUGGAAUUGACGGUUGAUGAUGUUGCUAAUGCCGUGCUUUUCUUAGCCAGUGAUGAAUCAAGGUAUAUAAGUGGGCAUAAUCUGAUGGUCGAUGGUGGUUUCUCGUGUGUUAAUCACUCCCUUCGGGUCUUCAGAUAGCUGUAUGUUGAUCGAUCUUAUUGGGAACUUUCAAGAGAUUGUCAUCCUGUUUGUGAUUUUUCCAUUCAAACAAACCUGCUUAUGUUUCCAAAGCACUAUGCUAAAACUAGACUUAUCCUUUGUGAGGAGUUGCUUUGCAAUUUGUGUUGAACUCCAACUGAUUAGUGAUUCCCUUUUUAUGAUUUCUUUUGGAAAUUUGUGGAGUAAAAGUCAAUACUUUUUUUCCUCAUGAA